AUAAUUCGACAGUAUACAUUGCGAAAAGCUGGACGGAAAAUGUGUUACGUAAUAUCACAUAAUAAUCAAAAGAUUUGAAGGUUGACAAGAGGAAUUUGUCGGUGUAGAUUCACCGUUUAUUUGAUGACAGCAUUAUUAUAAGAACUUUUUGGAUAAAAGCGAUCCUACGGUAUAGUCGUUGUAAAAUGAUGAAGGGACGAUUGACAAUGUAUUCUUUGUGUCUGUGCUUAACUUCGGCUGUGACAUUUAUUGAGGCCUUUAACCCUAACACCGGACUCAGCAAUGAUACUGCCACGUACACACAUCAACGAAUAACUCUUGAAGCGAUAGACCGGAUUGCAGCAGACUUUAUAUUGACUAGUAACCAGGUGACAUCGUCACAGACUACAGAAUAUGAUUACGUCAUCAAACAGCAUUUCGGGGCAGACUGUGACAGCUACGAAUACUACAAAAACAGGGCCCAGCAGUUUGCCAGCGCAGUGUCAAAAGUGUAUCAGAGUUAUCGUACCGAUCCAGAUUAUACCGUCAACUCUGAACGAAUCUACGAAGCACAUACACUAGUCCAGGACACACGACUAGAGAUAGCAAGUAUCUUGUCGUCAGGAACCUUAAGUGAUACGACAGAAACAUUGUUUAUGGAGAAAGUUGGAAAAUGUUUGAUGAUCGUCCAGUCAUUCUACAGUAACACUAACUGGGUCGAGAUGAAUGGCAGAGUUGCGUAUCCAGAUUUCGGUUCACUAGCGGCACAGAGCUUGAUGCCGAUAGCCUCAUCAAGUGAUGCAACUUGUAGGACCUGUGACGACAGAACUGUAGAGCUAAAACGCGGGUCCUGUAACAACAACUUAGUAUUCUCUGAUCGGCUUACUAGUGGAUAUUUGUCUGGGCAGCUUCACUCUCCAAAACCAACAGCUAACCCAGCUAGUACUACAGGGAAGUGCAGUCAUGGUGGCGUAAAGGAUUCUGGAAGGACAACUCCGGCUGCCGGGGGUAUCAACAAGGAAACCAAAAACUGGGACUUAUCUCCUCAUGCUCACCUGCAUAACGACGCCUCUGAAGCUGCUAUUCAGGCAACGGUGGCAUUCUUUAUGGAUCCAACAACUGGUAUAUUCACUGACGAGGUUCAAACAACUGUAGCAAAACUACUUGGGUUGCAACUGAAAUCGACACUUUCUCUUGGAUUCGCCAUCGAUGUUAGCGGAUCAAUGGCAGAUGAUUUAGCAUCGGUAAAGGCAUCGUUACGUGUUAAAGUGAACGAAGUUCAGGGGAGCACAGAUGGAACAGUCCAAUAUGUUCUAGCCACAUUCAAUGACCCCGCCAGUUUAACUACAAAUGCCAGUACGACUGAUACCGACGAAAUGAUUCGAUGGAUAGAGGCACUUACUCCAAAAGGAAAUUAUGACUGUCCGGAAUUCGCUAUAUCUGGACUACUAGCUGCUAUUCGACUCGUGGAACCCAAUGCAACAAUAAUUCUUGCCACUGACGCCGACGCUAAAGACAUCAGUGAUUCAAACACUGCUAUAAGUGAGGCAAUUGCGAAGAAGAUCAAGAUUGAAUUUCUACUUACUGGAAAUUGCACUCGACGACGUAGAGACGCUCCGGCAAGGUAUAAGAGAAACCUGGCGACGUUCCGAAGUAUUGCGGCCAGUACCGGAGGGACUGUAUAUCAAAUUGGCAGCAGUGAGCUUACAACAGUCCUUAAUCAAUUACUCGAGCAAGACUUUGCAUCCUCAACAGCGGUGGUGGACUUUUUUGUCCAGACCACGUCAGAAAGCAGCUCAAUGGAUAUACCUGUGGAUAAUGAAGCUACCAAUCUCGUCAUCACUAUCUCAGGACCGUACAGCUUAACGCAAGCGACUUUGGCCGAUCCAACAGGAACAGUGCAAAUUUUUUCCACAAAAGGUUCUACUCAGUACUAUUCUAGUAACCGAAUCACAAUGACAAUCCAGAAUCCGAAACCUGGUACCUGGGUAUUGACCCGCCUCUUUCUUAGACAAUGGGAAGUCAACGUUACAGUCUCCAGUGCGAUUGAUAUUGAUACUCAACUGAUAGAAACUGACGAUACCGGAAUAUACUACGUUUCAACCAGGAACCCGAUAAUAGGUAAAAACUACUCGGCUGCAGUCGUAGUCUACAACUUGAACUCGUCGUCGACAUCCUUCGCUCUGAGCAUUCUAGACGAGGAGGGGACAGUCAGUUACAAUACACCCAUAUACCUCAAUUUUGGACCUUCUAAAAUCACUGGUUAUACAUCGAUUGUGAUUCCGUCCACGAGCUUCUACGUCCAGUUAAGUGGAACCAACCAGGAUGGGUUCCAGUUUAAGAGAACAUUGGGAACAUCGAUAAAACCUGUUGGUGUGGAUUUAUUUGUUCAACCAAUAUUUGGAAACCUUGCCAUCGGAACACCUCAGAACAUUACUUAUACACUAAGUAACCAGGGCAGUACUACACAGACGUACACGGUUAGCAUUGUCGACGAUAAAGGACGAAUCCUAUCGCCAACUUCACAACAUCACAGCGUUAGUGCAGGGAAUGAUACAACUGGAAUAUUUCAGCUGACAAGCACCAUUGAACUGGAAUACAUUACGUACACAGUAAGCGUCACCACCUCCGGAUCGUCAACUGUUCUACAGGCUACGACAUAUACAGCAAUGUUUGCUGGAUCGUACUGUUCGGCAUUCAUGACGUCACAGUGCAGCGAGGAAAACAUCGGUAGUAGUAAUUGUUCGCUGACCAAUUGGUCUGCUAAAGCUGCUUUCUCAUUUGACGUCACGACCUUCAUCGUCACGGAUAAUGUUACUGUAUCCAUGGACGGAACCGACAGGACACGACUCCAUAUGACUGGAACCUGCUGUGUAACGAAUUUCACAAUCAAUGCAUUUCCUACAACCGGAAGUGGUUGUCAAGCGUCGCAAUCUGUGGUUGGAUCAGUAUUUCAAUCAUCAACUGACGACGUUUCCGAUCAGGAAGAUGCUGACGUCACUUCCGCUACAAGCAACAGCAUCGGACUGUUCGUUGGAGUGUUGGUUGGAGUAGCGGUACUUAUUCUCGGUGUCAAAGCCGUACUGAAGUACGUAACGUCGAAACGGACCGUUGAAGAAGAUGACGGUGUUAUUACAACGCUGGGAUUCAAUAUGCGCAACAGUAAUAAGUUCUGAAACAUCAGACCUGAUAAACUUCGAAUUAUUAAAAUGUAGAGGGUGAAUAUGUGACAUAAUGUGGCUAUACCAAACAUUGAGACAUACAUGUAUAACUCAAAUGCUAUGUAACGUCACUAGAUUAUGACAAUAAGGAAUUAACAUAUUUUGCAUGUUACUUUUUUGUAAUUCCUACAUUAUUGUGCAAAUGAUAAGUGCCAUGUUAAUCUUAUAUAUCAAGCUACAGAAAACACUGCAAGAAGAGUCAAAAGAAUCAAUGUCAAAAGGAUCAAUGUUAAUCGAUAUAUUUAAAUCUGGUCUAAAUUGUUCUAACAGCAAAGUCAUUGCAUGAAUAAAGAAAGAAAAUGUGUGCAAAAAGUAUGUUGCUGUACUUUUGCCUGUAGCUAUAUAUCAAUUUUUGUAGCAUCAUCUUUGUUGUUCCACAAGAGUUGACGUUAAAGCGCAGUAUCAAUUUUAGCGUCACUUUUAAUAGGUUAUAUUAUGACGCCAUAAGGUAUCAUGAGGUCAUCAUUUUCUGUGUUGUAUUGAUGUCCUGUCAACAUAAAUAAGCAUUCCUCUGUGGAACCGCUAAAGGUGAAAGUUCUAGGGAAGUAAUAAGGCACUCUUUUUCAUUCAUUUUAUAACCAUCACUAGGACUUUGGAUGUUAUUUUGUGUAUGUAUAUAUAUAUAUAUAUAUAUUGUUUGUAUAUCCUAUAUAAUUUCACUCGAAGUAAUUUCGGGAGGUGAAAUGGAUAGCGCACUCGCCUUUCACUAAAACGGCUUGGGGUUUGACCGCUAUCAGUGUGGUUAACCUCUCCGACCAUGUGAGUGUUUCCAGGUACCAGAUUUCUCCUACAUUUGGAGCCCCUUAGCGCUAACAUCCGAGAUACCAAUAUGAUGAAUAUAAGUUGAUAAACGUGUUUCUUAAUUCUAGUGAAAUGAAGUUUAUAUUUAAAACAAUCACCCUGUGCGCUUCAAUCAGGACCAAUAAGAUUUAGAUAUUAAUAUAAAUCAUGCUAAACUGCUGUUUAUAAUUGCUGUGAAAUAAAAAUACAUGUAAAUAGAACUAAAAAUGAUAGAUUUUAUCUGCUGGCUUUACUUUCACGAUAUCAUGUAUAAGAUAUCAUCUUAUAAUAAUAAUAAUAAUAAGUCGACGUUCUUAUAUACCGCUUUAUCCCAAGCUAGUUCGUAGGUCGUCUCAUAGCGGUUAACAAAAAAAAUAUCCGUGGUUAUAGGGCCUUUGCAACCAGCCAAUAUCAUUCUCAAGUCCCCAAGGACCAAAAAGCUAUUGCUGCCAUCUCGAUGCUCACAGCUAGCAUUCAACAAGUCUAGCACUGCCCAACCACGUACUCAUUUACAGCUGAGUAGACUGGA